AUGCAACGUCGCAAGAGGGCUCACAUGGACAUUCAAGUGUAUGAAGACUGGGAGCUUGGCGCUGGCUCGAGUACUCCGUCACAGCCCCCAAUCACUGAGUCAACAACUCACCGGCAUGUCGACUAUGUGGCUCGCAAGAGGGGAAUCUCUACCAAGACCUCAUACUACAGCACUGAGGCCCUAUCUACUGUCAUCACGGACGAUCAUGGGCAUGACGAGAGCAGCACUUACGAUUCCGUGUGGGACGAAACAACGGGGCUUCAUAGGAUUGAGCACGACAGAGACGACGAUGAGGAGGUUACUUGCCUCCCGAGGACUACUCGCAAACGCACGAUGGCAGGGUGUGGAUGCAUGAGCGCGAUACCUUUGUUCAGGAAUUCCUACGGUUGGAGGGACGAGCUUACCCAGAUGCUGGGUGCCCCGGCGUUCACACAGAGCUUGCCUGUGGAAAAGACGCGCUUUUCCGGUGUCCCCAAUGUUUCGACCCUCGAUUGUUCUGCCAGGACUGCAUAG